AUGAUCGAAAGACAAAAGGCUGAAUUAGAAGGAAAUAAAGGAAAAAGUUUAUUUUGCAAGAUUUCACUUAAUGGAUCAUAUGGUUACGAUGCAAUGAAUACACAAAAUUACGCAAAGACUAAAAUAAUGAAUGCACAGAAGGCACGCGUUGCAUGUAUGUCAAAUAAGUUUAAAAACAUAAGAGAAAUAGGUGAAGAUGCGUAUCAAAUGAUGCUCAAAGAUAGAUUUUAUAGAUGUGAUACAUGUUUACAAGAGGCAUUCUUCACUUUAGAUAAUGCUAAAUACUGGUAUUUGGUUUUCAUUUAUGAUUUUAUGUAUAAAUGCAUGAAUGUUAAUCGUUUUCAUUUCAUUGAAGGUGAUACUGAUUCAUCUUAUUGGGCAAUCGCUGGUGAUCUAAAUCUUCCUAACACUCAAGCAUUUCAAGCAAUUGUUACUGAUAAACAAUUUUAUGAUAAAAACAUUUUCAAAUUCGCACCAUUUGAUUUCUUCUGUUUUGAUGAGAAAUUUAAACCUAAAUUAAAGAAUAAAGCUGAAGAAAAAGCACAUGAGAAGAAGUUAUUGGGUUUAGCAAUUGAGAAACAAGGUGAUAACAUGGUUGCUUUAUGCCCCAAGUGUUAUACAUCAUUCAACGGUUCAAUUGAUGGGGGUGAUUUUAAAAAGAUUGCACAAAAAAUGAAAGGUGUUAGUUUACGACAAAAUAAACAAUUAACACCUAAAAAUUAUUUGGAUAUAAUAAAUGAUAAAGUGAUAUUUGAUGGUCAGAAUAUUAAUUUACAACUUAAAAACAGGUCAAUGACUCGCUUAACAAUUGGUAAGACUGCAUUAACAGGAGCACACACUAAGGCUGUAUGUUGUGAAAAUGGAUGUUGUAUGCCGUUUAUUUAA